AUGGCAACCAAGGCCUCUCCCUCGUUGUCGUCUAUCGUCAGCACUUCCAUCACAUUGUGCGAUCGAUUCUCGUCAUCACUCAGUCCAAAUGCUUCCUUGGACCUGCCAGCUUCCAAUGCAGGAUCUCCCUCAUCAUUAUUACUGCUCCAUGCCACCGCAACUACGCUUAGGUCGCAGGCUACAAAAAUCUCAUUGUUGGCUAUUACCGCCCCAUUCACGCCGUCCGCAGUCGCAACAUGUCUCCUACCGCUAAAUGAAUCUAUCUUGACGUCCUUGGUCACAGCAGCGCUCCUCACAACGCCUCAUGAAUUCACAUCUUCGUUCUCGGCUGAGUGCCAUACUCUUUCCGCCGUUGCACUUCGGGACAUGCAGGCACUCUUACGUCUCGUGCAACGGCGAAACGAGGUCAAGUACAAUAAGAUAGAAAUAUCCGAAGCGGAAAAGAAAGAAUUCACGGAAGCGACCGGUCGAGUGUGGGACGACUGUGAUAAGCUAAUCGAGUUGGCAAAAGAGGGUGUCCCUGGUUAUGUCGUGCGCAAGUCCAAGCAAUGGCUUGAGCUGAUGAAGGACGCAGUGAAAGAGCUGGAAGACUGGGAUCCCCAGGAAGAUGUGAAUGAUAAUGAUCUCUUCGGUGAUGAAUCCGGUGACGACGAGGCUCCCGGUUCAUCUGCCGACAGGACCAGUGACGACGAUCGGGCCGCAAUCUCUGCAGGGGUCAAAAUCCAAGCACUCAAGGUUUUGAGCCGCAUCCCCCAAAGCAUCCACGUUGUUAUAAAGCAACGGCUAGAGAAGCGUGGCAAUGAGCUGCAAAUAACAGCCAACGAAACCACGCAACUUGACACAAUACUCAAACAGACUCGCCAGAUAUCAGAGUUGAUCGACGAAUCUGCGGAAGGCAUGUACUUGGGGGAUCUGGAACGCUGCCUCAAAAAGGCCGGCGAAGCUAGGGCGAUCACAAUCCAGGUUGUCGAAUCGGUCGCCGAGCCUACCUCGGAGGAUGAGACGAAAGAAGACAAAUACGUCAAACGAGCUCUCGAGUGGAUCCAACAGGUUGACCCAGGUGGCGUUUCACAGAAGAAGGUUGUCCUAACAAGUCGUCCUAAGGUGAAUGCUUGA